GUCAGGCCAACACUCCUCUCUUCUCUUCAGCCUUGGUUUUUCUCUUCCUUCUCAGGUUCUAUCCCUUGAUAAGAUGUGUCGCUUCUUGAUCUACAAAGGCACGGAGCCCAUCCAACUCUGUCACCUGCUCACUCGGCCUGCCCACUCCAUUAUUAAUCAAGCCUUUGACUCUCGUCUACGUCUGGAUACCCGCAGACCCAUCAACGGUGAUGGUUUUGGGGUUGGAUGGUAUGACAAAGAGGUGGAUGAAGAAAUGGGACGGCAACCAUGCAUCUUCACCAGUGUGACACCUGCCUGGAACAAUAUUAACUUGAUCCGCUUGGCAGAGAAGAUCAAGUCCCCCUUAGUCUUCGCGCACGUAAGGGCAACGACUGCCGGCACCUUGUCCCUGGACAAUUGUCACCCAUUCCAAUUCAAACAACUGAUGUGGAUGCAUAACGGCGAGCUGGCAGGCUUCAUUAAAUACAAGCGACGACUCCAAUCUUCCGUCCCUGACGAGAUAUACGAGAAGGUGCUUGGCAAUACUGAUUCAGAAUGGGCAUUCGCGCUAUUCCUUUCCCUGUUGUCCGAUAUCAACGCGACAUCCUUCACCUACAAGGAACUACAGAAGACCAUGCUCGCCACCAUCGCGAAGCUCAACGAAAUCGCGCGCGAGGCAGGCGUGACGGAGCCGAGUCUGAUGAACUUCGCCGUGACGGACGGAGCGACCGUUGUAGCAACCCGGUACAUUUCAAGCAAGACGGAAGAGGCAGCCUCGCUUUACUUCUCGAGCGGCACAACCUUCUCGGAGACGUCACGGGGCCACUACAAGAUGUCGAAACGCGACAAGCGGGAAGACAUCGUCGUGAUCGCGAGUGAGCCACUCACAUUCGAGAAGGCGGACUGGCUCGAGCUCAAGACCAAUACGCUCAUUGUCAUCACACCGAAGAUGAACCUUCUUCAAAUCCCUAUUGUGGACGAGUUCCAUGUCCCUCCAGCGGAUGCUGUCCUCCACAGGCGGGCGACCAGCUUUGUGCAGGAGAAAGGGCUGCUCAGCCCUAGGUUGGUCGCGAUGACCGCUGGCAUCGGCGAUCUCUCACUCGCACCCAUCGAGAUGACAGCCCCUGCCCAAAAUGUGCCAUUCGUGGCAUGAAUGUUUGUAUAUGACUGGUCUCGAUUACGCUAUAGUGUGCAUAUUAUUGUAACCACAGCUCGCACUGUAGUAUAAUCCAUGGUCUAUUUGUUCUUGGUAGCUUUGUACGAGAACCUCUUUCGUGUAUGGGCAAAUUCGCCGAGCUUAUGCCCUACCAUCUCGUCGGUGACUGUCAAAGGGAUGUAAUCCUUGCCAUUGUGGAUCUCGAAUCGAACACCGACAAAGUUCGGCAGGAUGGUGCAGCUUCGUGCCUGCGUCCGAAUGGCAGUACCGUUCUGGAGGGACUCCCUCAGAUUGGGAAAGGCGACAAAGUAUGGGCCUUUCCAUGCUGCUCGCCUUCCUAGGCGAACGGCUGUAGGCAGC